UGGGAGGCGCCGCUAGUCUUUUGGUUGCCGGGCUGGGCCGAUAUAAUGUAGGGAAAGGCAGCGUCGGUGACUGGAGUGGGACGUCUUCCCUCAAGCAAACGGAGCUCGCGCUGCCGGGAUGAGGAAGAGGAACGAGUCCGUCACGUUGGAGCAUGAGCGCUUGGCCCCUUCGGCACCGGCGGCCUCCACCUCUCCUUCCCCAUCCCCGCAGCUGGACAAGGGCGUCAGUCUGAGACAGAGCCUGCGGCUGCCUGGCAGCGCCCGCCCCGCCGGAGACUCCGGCAUGAAGCGCCCGCUCGGCAGGAGACAUGGAAUGUGGUUUCGAUUGCGGAAGCUAGUAAUCUGGUUGUUGGGAGUGUACAUAGCCAUUCCAUUUAUAGUAAAACUUUGUCCUGGUAUUCAGGCAAAGCUCAUCUUCCUAAAUUUUGUGAGGGCACCCUACUUCAUUGACUUGAAAAGACCCCAGGAUCAAGGUUUAAACCACACCUUUAACUACUACCUACAGCCAGAAGAGGGUGUAACUAUUGGAGCCUGGCACACAGUUCCUGCAGCUUUAUGGAAGGAUGCUCAAGGAAAGGACCAACUGUGGUAUGAGGAUACGUUGGGUUCUAAUAGCCCUGUAAUCUUGUACUUGCAUGGAAAUGGAGGUACAAGAGGAGGAGAACACCGUGUGGAGCUUUACAAGGUUCUGAGUUCUUUUGGCUAUCAUGUAGUCACAUUUGAUUAUCGAGGCUGGGGAGACUCAAUUGGCAGUCCUUCAGAAAGUGGACUAACUUAUGAUGCUCUUCAUGUUUUUGACUGGAUAAAAGCAAGAAGUGGAGACAAUCCAGUUUAUAUAUGGGGGCACUCCUUGGGCACUGGAGUUGCAACCAACCUAGUAAGGCGUCUCUGCGAAAGAGAAACUCCUCCAGAUGCUCUUAUACUGGAAUCUCCUUUUACAAAUAUACGUGAGGAGGCAAGAAGCCAUCCCUUUUCAGUGAUAUAUAGGUACUUUCCAGGAUUUGAUUGGUUUUUCCUUGACCCGAUCACCUCUAGUGGAAUUAAAUUUGCAAAUGAUGAAAAUGUGAAGCAUAUUUCAUGCUCUCUGCUUAUUCUUCAUGCUGAAGAUGAUCCAGUUGUGCCGUUUCAUCUUGGAAAGAAGCUCUACAGCAUUGCUGCCCCAUCUCGGAGUUUCCGUGAUCACAAAGUGCAGUUCAUUCCAUUUCACACAGACCUAGGGUACAGACAUAAAUAUAUCUACAAGAGCCCAGAACUACCUCGAAUAUUACGAGAAUUCCUGGGAAAAAUUGAACAUGAGCAUCAUCGUCACUGAGGAAAUACCUGCAUGAUAGAGUUAAAAUUGUGUCACUUUAAAAAAUUGCCACUUUUAAAAAACCCAGGCGUGGGAUAAGUCUCAGAUUCUUGCUUCAGUCCUAUUGCAUACCCUUGGACACCCAGCCCUUGGAACAGUUAAGUAUGAAGAAAAGGAGAAUAUAGUUAGCUUUUUUUCAGUUUUUACUUUAAAGAACAAGGACAAGACAACCAAACGCAUCUGAAUAAUUCAAGCACAAGAAAGACAUGGCAACUUUUGUGAAAGUUGUGAACUUUCCUAAAAAGGUGUGAGGUACUGUACACUUCUUCAGAUGAAGAAACCUUUGGGAAUGCAAAUGAAGUGUGAUUUAUCUACAAGAAUAUAACGCUUAAUCUUUCAGUGGUGCACCUAUCGAACCUAUAUUACAGACUCUUUCAGUAGAAUUUAGUUCUGUGAAUUUUUUUUUGUUUAUGUUGUGGAAGCAUUGAAUUGAAGAAUUCCUGAAAAAAUAAUUGUUUAAAAUGAGGCAACUAUUUGAAAGGGAUAAUUUGUGAGGAAGUAUUCCUUUCUCCACUGCCUUGGUUUCAAACUUUCAAAGUUCCUUCCCUAUUUUCAUAGUAAAAUUCUUAAUUGUACCUCAUAAGCAGACACAUCCUUUUAGAGAUUGCUUCCCCUCAUCUCUGAACUGUUUUUGUUAGAUGCACAAGUUUUUGUUAGAUGCACUGUCAUGUAAAAUGCAUUGAUUCCAAAUUAUGGAGUCAGUUAUUUUGAAGGACCCUUUCUUUCUUUCUUUCUUUCUUUCUUUCUUUCUUUCUUUCUUUCUUUCUUUCUUUCUUUCUUUCUUUCUUUCUUUCUUUCUUUCUUUCUUUCUU